AGAGUUUGUCAUGCCUAUCCUGAAUGACUUCAACGUGAUGUUUCAGGCUGGUGAGUCCAUGAUUGGUUACUUACACACAGAAAUGGUGAGACUUCUUCGCAAGAUGAUGGUUAAAUUUGUCACUACUAGGACCAUUACAGCACAGUCAGACAUCACAAAGGUAGACUUCAGGUGUAAAGACAACCAACAUGACAAAACCAGAAUUGCAGUUGGUAUGAAAGUUAGAGAGUUCCUAAGUGACAAUGAUGACCUAGCACCACAGACAGUCAGCAACUUUUUCAGUACAGUCAGGGAGUUCUAUUGCACCAUGACUGAAACCAUGAUAAAGAAGUUCCCAUUCCAAGACAAGGUUCUCAGAUGCAUCAGCUUUCUGAAUCCACUCAGCAAAGACAAGUUAUCUCCAGAUGAAGUUGUCAGCUUGUCUGAUAGAUUCCUCACCUACACCCAUCAAAAGACCAGUCAACUAGAAGAUGAAGCUGCUGAGUAUAUUCUUACUCCUCUGUCUGACCUACCAGCAUUUGAUCAAGACAAGCCUUCACUCAACCAGUUCUGGACCUCUAUUGGCAACCUGAAGCUACCAAGUGGUAAGCAACAGUUUCAUCACCUGUUUGCACUCAGCAAAGUUGUUCUAGCCCUGCCACACUCCAAUGCUGACACAGAAAGAACUUUUUCCAUGCUUAAGAAGAUCCAGUCUGACCCAAGAGACAACCUAGCUGAUAAGACCAUCCACAGUCUACUUAGUGUAAAGAUAAACAACCCAACAGACUGUCAUCAGUAUAAACCAGAACCAGAACUUGUUAAAGCAGCAAAGUCAGCUUGUGCCUUAUACAAACAGUCUCUUUCUUAAAUUGUGUUUGAACAAUGAUUAGUGCUCUUGUAAAUGUAAAAACUGUGCUAUGAUUAUUUAAAUUAUGAUCUCUUAUGACAUUUAAACAAGUUUGCUUGAACUAUUGCUUAAUCUAGUUUUUUUUCCAAUUUAGUGCUUUAGUAUAAACAUUAUAAGGAACAUUCAACAUAGUGACUAUUGUUUGAAAU